CACUGUGGUUUCAGCCAAAUCAACCGUAGAAGAAGACUCUUCCAGGAAAUAUCAUCAAUUUUCAAUUUUAGAUAUCGAGCCUUAUGUAGUCGACACUCGCCAGUGUGUGUGAAUAAUGUCAGUUCGUGGAUUUUAGGGAUAUGCCUUUGCUCAUUCAGAAUGUUAGCUUGGAGCGUGUAACAUCGACUGCAGAACUCUUCGCCAAAUAUCCACAUUUACAGGAGAAUGCAAAAGUCUUUCGCUCUCAGCCUCUCACAGAUGUUGACCCCAAGUGCCUCCUGUAUGUCCAACAGAGAGAGUUUGCUGUAACGACACCAGCUGAUAAUAGUGUUUCAGUGAUUGGAUCUGAGGAUGCUACCACCUGCCAUUUGGUUGUGCUACGGCAUACAGGAAGUGGAGCUGCUUGUCUUGCGCACUGCGAUGGUUCCAACACUUGUGCCGAAGUCUCACUAUUUAUCAAAUCAGUCACAUCUCUGAGUAGCUGUUGCAAUGAUGGCAGACUUGAACUCCAUCUUGUUGGUGGAUUUAAUGACGAAGCAAUGACCUCCCAUGAACUCAGCCUUAAUAUACUGGGAGCCUUCCAUCAACUUAAAGAUGAUAUCCAUCUGGAAACCUGUUGCAUCACAGAAAUGAAUGAUGUAGUCAUCAAUGCUGUUCAUAGACCUGCAGUUUAUGGAGUUGGUGUAAAUGUUAAAACUGGCAAAGUAUUCCCCGCUGCUUUUCCUUGUAAAGGACCAGCUGAGGAUCUACGGUCAGCACGCACCUUCACAGGGGGUCAGAUGGUUGACAUUUACGACUUUAGUCGGGAACUUGUACAAGUUGGACCUUGCAAGUGGUCUCCCAAUAUGGAAAUUGCCUUUUGGUUGGCGCAGGAUGAUGCCAUCAUUUUAAAGUACUUGUCUACAUCGCCAAAUGCUGAACCACCACACUUUGUCCGCCACAUCAAAUCCACCAUCCAGUUCCUCCUAAAGCACCCAAACGCUGACGAUCUCUUCCCUGGGGGUCAGCCACAGCUCUACCACAGGACUGAAAGUGGUGAUUGGGACAGGGUUACCAUUCAAGUUGAAUCUUGAUGGUUUGUCUUUCACAAUGCAGUCACCAUCUGCUUUUCUCAUUGUCUUUAACUUCACCUUCAUCUGUUGAAAAGCUGUCACGACUCAUCUGGCUGGCCCAGUAGAGAAGUAGACACAGAAACUACGAAUCUUUCUAUAAGAGCUCACAAAAAGUAUGUUACCACUUUCGAGUCAACUGAUGUAAAACCAGCACCUUUCUUCUUCUGUGUCAUGUUAAUGUCCCUCAAUGCCUCAUUAUUUUCAUUACAUGCACAUGUGUGAACUUUUUAAUAAAUAAAAUUGUUUUACUGACCUACAUAUGUCCCCCCCGCCAAACGAAUAACUAACACCAAAAUUCUUCUCGCCUAAACUCGUUCACUCUCAGCACAUAUGUAUUAAGGGUGGGAACGUCCUGGUAACUCAAGAUACGAUACGAUUUGCGAUAAGAAGCUCACAAUAACGAUCUCACGAUAUGGCGAUACAACGAUUAUCGAUACAUUGGUCAGGAAUUCAGUCUACAAAACACCUAAUAAACAGGAAAAACAAGAUGUCUUCAUCCUUCUGCUGUAAGUUUAUCACGAAUAGAUGUCCAAUCCAUUUGGACUGGUAGGGUGGCAGCAAAUGAACCCCUCCCACUUCAAACUUUUUUAUGAGGUAAUUUUGGGCCAUUUCACGUCAUUCAUUACCUGUUGAUUUUCAGUCACUUCCUGUGAUUUUGGGGCAUUUUAUGGGUCAUGUCCUGUUAAUAUUCGGUUACAGAACGGGAAGUCACUUGGGAGUGAAUAGGCAGUGACUCAAACUCAACAGGAAGUUACCUGUAAAUGACUGAAAAUGGACAGAAUGUGACCUGUAAAUGCCUGAAAAUGGAUAGAAUGUGACGUGUAAAUACCCCGCAAAUCGGACGGAGUGACUGAAUGCUCUGGUUUCGAACGAACGAACAAACAUUCAUUCGCCCUUCCGGUUCAUAAUGGAUUUGGCAUUGAGUGCCAUCAAUGGCAGCCAUAAAGUUAACUGAGACGCUAUUAUGGUGAAAGAUUUUGGUAGCAACUUUUUGGUUCCUGUUUCUUAAACAUCGACAUCCUUUUAAAACGAUACCUCGAAUCUUGGCAUGAGCUUAUCGAUAAUGUUAUGGGAUGCAAAAUAUCACGAUAUAUCACCAUUUCAAUAUUGUGCCACACUCCUAAUAUGUAUCUUAGUCACAGUUUGUGUAUUCAUUGUUUGUGUUUUGGUAGUUAGUAAAAGGAAGAUAAUUUAUAUUAACUCAUUCACUGCAAACCUAGGUGUUGUAGUAGUUAGUAAAAUAGGGAAAUUGAAAGCAUCUAUUGACAGCAAUAUGUAUUGUAACUGGGACAGUUCGAACAUUUCCAUCCCCAUGCUAAUUGAAAUGGAUAGGACGUCUUUUGCUGUCAGUGGCAGCCAAAGACUGAAUAUAUGUAAGGUCACAAGAAAUUUAUUUAAAAAUAAAAUGAAAUUCCCAGUGCAAA